AUGGAUCUAGACAGCAUGGAGGGCUUGAAUGAGGUUCGCCCAGCUGUCUACCGCGCUGCGCUGAAGCUACGCUCACUCCAGAAGCUCUGCCUCAUGCACGUGGUGACUCUGAAGGAAGUACUUCCUGCCUUGCGCCUGCUGUCUGGAGGCGGGGCCCAGCUCACCAAGCAGGAAGUAAUGCUGUGCAUUAACAAGAUGUUCCAAAGUGUAUCGGAGGAACUGCCAGGCCAGGUAGCAAGUGAGGCCCCUGAGCAGAUCUGCAGACUCCUUUACCGCCUCUACGACAGGGAGCAGACUGGGUCCCUCUGUGUCAGAGCUGUGGAAGCUGUCCUCAUUGUGCUGUCAGCAGACACACUGUCAGCCAAACACCGAGCUCUAGCGUGUCUGGCGGAGAGGACCAGCGGGGGAGAGAGGAGCUCUGUCAGCAGGAACGGCCUGAGAGUCUUACUGGAGGACCUCAGCCAGGUGCCGGCGGCAGUGCAGGAGAGCAGUGUGUUCGGGUCAGUGGAGAUGGCAUUGCGAUCCUGCUUUAAUGGGGUCGUGGGCCCGUGUGUGUGUGAGGACCAGGUGGUGUUGUGGCUGCAGAGUGGCCCGUGUCUUCUACUGUGGCUCUCCGUACUGGACCGCCUGUCAGCCAGCGAGGCCCUCUGCCACCCCGUACGCUGCCACACCUGCAACACCCUCCCAAUCACAGGGCUCAGGUAUCGCUGUAUGAAAUGUGUGAACCUUCACCUCUGCCAAACCUGCUUCCUGACGGAGAGACACACCAAGAAACACAAGAGCUCACACCCAGUACAGGAGCACUGCACUCAGCCCUCCUGGAGAGAAUCCUUGGCUUCGCUAGCUCACAAUGCCCGCCAUGCCCUGUUGCCACGACAAUACACCCGCUCAGGGUCUCAGAGAAGGAGUCUGACACAGAGCAGAGCCCCUUCCCCUGACCCACCAUGGUUGGCUGCCUCACCUGUCUGUCAAGAGUCUGUCCCCAGUGACAACCACUCACAUCCCCAAGCUCAUAUCCUUUCCCCUGUCCCCCCACCGUCCCCCUCCCCCCCUCCGCCCCCCGUCAUCCUACAGUCUAAAGCCCUGCAGACGGAGGAGGAGACACAAUGUCCCCAGAGAGGACUCUCUGUGCUUCUGAAGGAUGUGAGAGACCUACAGAGGGACAAAUGGCUGCUGGAGAGGCAGAUGCAGGUGUUGCGGGUGGCGCUGCAGGCGGAGCAGGGCUGUCUGGAGGACCGCUGCUCCCUGAUGGAGGCUGACAUGGAGAAGCUGAGACAGCAGAACCUGAAGCUGCAGGACAUGCUCUCACAGACAGAGACACGCCCACACGCUACCUGCAGCCCUGCCCACAUGCCCCAGACAGACUACCCUGCUGGGACCGGGGGCUCGCUACCUCUCACUAAUCAAGGACGCGGAGAGACAGAGCAGGAGGAGGAGCAGGAGGAGCAGCAGCAGGAGGAGCAGCAGGAGCAGGAGGAGCAGCAGGAGCAGGAGGAGCAGCAGGAGGAGGAGGAGGAGGAGCAGGAGGAGGAGGAGCAGGAGGAGGAGCAGCAGGAGGAGGAGCAGGAGGAGGAGCAGGAGGAGGAGCAGCAUCAAAGGGGAGGGGAUGAAGUCAGAGAAAUCGAGACCAUGCAUGAUGAAGCGACAGUGAGGGAAGAGAGUGAUGAGGUGGAAGGGAGGGUUGGUGGGAGAGUCCCAAAAACAAGUUUUCCCAGAAGUCUGAAGGUAGUGAACCUUCCUCAUCCCCCUCAACACGAAGCAGAACAAGAAUGGGACCAUUUGGCAGACAGAAAGCAUUCUAAUCCAAUAGGGGACCUACAUUUCCUUGAAGAAGAGUUUUCUGGGAGUUGUGGUUCAGUAGAAGAACAGCUGUGUGACCUGGUGCAGCGACUGAAGACUUCGCUGUCUCUGCCCACACACACACACACUGAGAGCAGAACAAGCGGGAGACUGUUGGAGACUGCAGCAGGAGUAGCAGAUGCAGUGAGUCAGCUGGUCUCAACCAUCAGCACAAACACCCUUUUAGCCCUCCCCCUCUCUUCCCCCUCCAUGGACUCAUGACUCAAUGGACUGAUAAGAAAGUUAUUUAUUGUACAUUCAUU